AUGGAGCAACGCGAGACGCCUGCGGGCCAAGUGACAUCCAGUUCAACUGGUACGGAUGAAAAUAUUGACCUUACUCUAUCAACAAUACGUUCAAUUGGCCUUGAUGAUGAAAGAGCUGUGGAAAAUAUCACAGUUUUGGAACAAACAGUGCUACAGCAACAACAAGAAUUACGCGAACAAUACGCUGCAGCAAGCUCAAGAGUAUGCAAUUCGUCCGAUUAUUUUGGUUCGCAAACAGUAGAGAAAAUCAGUUUUGCUGGGGUUGAAGAUAAAACUAUGGACGAAAAACUAUCGUAUGAACCAGCGUUUAAGACGUAUCGUCUGUUAGACGAGAGUGUAACUAGCUUCAUUCUAAGACCAAAAGUAGACGAAAGACUAGUACUGAGUCAGAAUCAUGAAGCAGUUAUAUUUAGUAAAAAUGAUCGUGGUCAAAAUCGUAAAAUUCAAGAAUCAGGAACAAAAUGUUUGAUGAGUGUCCUACGUGCGCUAUGA